UGUAUUUUUUGGCUGUGACAGACCUUUCUUUGUUUCAUGGAUGUUUUGCUGGCUUGUGAUGGGGUGUGAACCGACAGUCUGUAGAGUUUUCCAUCUGGUGUGGGAUGCUGCAGAAUCGAAGCGGAGGAGGAGGAAGAAGAAGAAGUCAAAGGCGGGUGCAGGGGCUGCUGAGAAGGAGGAUGAAGAAGAGGAGGAAGCGCCAAAGAAUGCGCCUGCUCUUGCUUCCCCGAAUGGUGGGGUGGUUGUGUCGAAGAGUGCUACCUCUCCCACGGCCCCGAACGGAAGGGUGGUUGACGAGAAACCGGCAGCAGGAGCAGAAGAAGGCGAUGAGGAUGGAGGUGACGCGGAUGGACCGGAAUCGGGUGCAGGUGGGUCAAAGAAGAAGAAGAAGAAUCGAAGCAGGAAGAAGAAGGUGCUGGAGCAAACAGAUCCCCCGUCCAUCCCAGUCUCCAAACUUUUCCCUGAUGGAAUCUAUCCUGUGUGGGAAGAACAGAAUUACAACGAUGACAACCUCUGGAGGCUAACAUCUGCAGAGAAGCGAGAGCAGGAACGGUUAGAGAGUUCGCUAUACAAUGAUGUGAGAAAGGCAGCGGAAGUUCACCGACAGGUGCGGAAAUACAUGAGGAAGUAUAUUAAGCCGGGUCUGCUGAUGACGGAUAUUUGUGAGACCCUGGAGAAUUUGGUCCGAACACUUAUUGAGGAGAAUGGGCUUCAAGCAGGGAUAGCUUUCCCAACUGGCUGCAGUUUGAAUUGGGUGGCCGCUCAUUGGGCGCCCAAUACAGGAGACAAGACUGUCCUGCAGUAUGAUGAUGUCAUGAAGCUCGACUUUGGAACGCAUAUUAAUGGUCGGAUAAUUGACGCUGCAUUUACGGUUGCUUUCAACCCUGUAUAUGACCCACUCCUGAAGGCUGUGCAAGAGGCAACAAACACGGGCAUAAAGGAAGCAGGCAUUGAUGUCAGAUUGUGUGAUAUAGGGUGUGCAAUUCAAGAGGUGAUGGAAUCUUACGAAAUCGAACUCAAUGGGAAGACAUACCAGGUGAAGAGCAUAAGGAAUUUGAAUGGACAUAGCAUUGGACCUUAUCAAAUCCAUGGUGGGAAAAGUGUACCCAUCGUCAAAGGAGGGGAACAGACAAGGAUGGAGGAAGGAGAGUUCUACGCUAUUGAGACAUUCGGGAGCACAGGGAAAGGUUAUGUCAGAGAGGAUUUAGAGUGUAGUCAUUACAUGAAGAACUUCGACGUCGGCCAUGUCCCUCUCAGGCUGGCGAAAGCAAAGCAGCUUCUGGCUACGAUCGACAGAAAUUUUGGCACACUGGCGUUUUGUAGACGGUAUCUCGACCGUCUAGGCGAGACGAAGUACCUGAUGGCUCUGAAGAACCUUUGCGACGUCGGAAUUGUGCAGCCAUAUCCUCCAUUGUGUGACUCCAAGGGAUCUUAUGUGGCGCAGUUCGAGCACACAAUUUUCAUGCGACCUACGCGCAAAGAGGUUCUUUCAAGGGGCGAGGACUUUUAGUCGUUAGGGCAAUAUUCGCCACACCCUUGAGGAAUUUUCUUUGCAAGGGUGAAGACUAUUAGUCGAUGCGGUAGUCGCCCUGCCCCUGAGGAGUUACUCGCUUCCAGGGGCACGCUUCUCUGUCCCAGGGUGGUCGCAUCGCAGAGGCUCUACUCGUUGACGCAACAGUGACGACGUUUGCAACUAUUUGUUCAGGCCCUUCAGGGUAGUUUUUUUUCCUGUCUCCAUGCAAUGGACUGAAGGAGAAAGAAUUCGGGAAAAGACGUAGUCUAUACUACUCUAUAGACAUAAAAAUUGAGUCCACAAUGAGUCCAAUGUCCAGUUUAGCGUUGACAUGAAGGACGGUCGGUUUGGCUGUGUAGUAUGUAGUGUGUAGAGUAGUGUACUCCUUUGUCGUCCCGACGCAAAAGGUGUUGAUUUUUGGAUGCUGUUAAGGAAAGCACCUCUCCCCUUUAAUCAGAAGCAAGAGCCCAGUGGCAGGCACUCAAUCAUCCCCCCACUAUUCGCCCCGCGCCAACCCCUCGUGUGCCUGAGGUUGCUUUUUUCUUCGAUAGAAAUCAUGCGGUCAGUUGGGCGGCCUGUCAGUCUAUCUGUCUCUCUGUGUCCCUGUCUCCCUGUCCUUCUGCCUUUGUCUGUCGGUCAUCGGAUAUCAUGUGACUGUGUGCGAUGUGCCAUGCCAGGAGACUGAAAGUCCGUCAUUCUAUUUGUGCGUCUGUCUGCCUGUCUGUCGGUCAGUCGGUCGGCCAGUCGGUCGGUCAAUCAGUGUGUGUCAUACGGCAAGCCAGCGCCCGCCUGUCCGUCCAUGUCCAUGUCUAUGUUUCAUCUGUGAAUGUCAUGCGCCUGUGCAGUACGCCAUGCCAGUUCCACACGGGCAUCACACGCUCCUCUCCCGGCCGGCCUGCCUGCCUGCCUGCCUGCCUGUCUGUCUGUCUGUGUCUCUGUGCCGUUUGCGAAUGUAAAUGCCAUGUGCCUGUGCACUUUGCCAUGACAUGUCUUUCUGUCUGUCCCUGUCUCUGUCCGUCUGUCCGUCUGUCCGUCUGUCCGUCUGUCUGUCUGUCUGUCUGUCUGUCUGUCUGUCUCUCUGUCUGUGUCUUUGUGCCAUUCGCGAAUGCGAAUGUCAUGUGCCUGUGCGCUUUUGCCAUGCUUGCACCACAUUGUCAUCGCAUGACGUCUGUCUGUCUCUGUCUGUCUGUCUCUCUGUCGGUGUCAGUCUGCCAUCCGCGAAUGUGAUGAUUCCGUAUGAUGUGCGGUAUUUCAGUGCCACACUGUCGUGAAUCACGUGGCGCCCCUCGUGGUCUUCUUUUACUUAGACUUCAGAGCGUUCCUGUGAUCUGUUUGGAGACACCCUAUCUUUUUUUUUUGGCCCCCUGGAGAUGCCUUUGCAUUCGGCAUCUCCUAAUUUCUCCAUUGUAAAAUAAUAUUUGUAUGUUUUCUCAGUUUCAAAUAGAUUGCGGUGCUUCUGUACUUGUGCUCUUUGUGUCAGAUGAGUCUUAAAGAGUCGUUGGACUCUUUUAGCCCUAUAAGGCUUUUAGCCCUAUAACCUCAUUUUUCUCCUACACCUAGCAGAAUACUCCAGUCCUGUCCCACAAUUAUGAGGGCUCUGUACAAGACUCGAGAGUCCAGAGUGAUGAAAACCGUCCUCUUUACAGCAGUUCUUUUCUGUGAUGAUAUCCUUUGUGACAUUUUUCGUCGUGUGUAGUUCGCUGCUUUUUUUUUUUUUUUUUUUUUUUUGAGCACGCGGUAGUUAGGGAAAGCAUAAAAGGAGGUGGUUCCAUGCAUGUUCUGCAGUCCUCUGAUGUGCUGUGUGCUCACAAGACAGUGUCUAUGUGCGCCAAGUAGAUAAGCCUGGUGGAAGAGCUUUGGCAUUGUGCCACCUACGAGGAGGUUGGUGGCUGUAUGAUGAUGUAGCUUCUUUUUUUCUGCUGCUAUGAAGCUAACAUUUGGUGAGAGGAAUGAUGCAUGUGUAUCUG